CGAAUCGUCACGUAAAAAAAAAACAUCUCCCCAACAACGACUGAAUACCAGCCAUUCCAAUUUUAUUUGUAAACAGUUACUCCGAGUAAAAUGGACGCGUGUGAUCGGCUAAAAAAUUGGGAGGAUUUGGACGUGACGAGAGAGGAAAUUGAGGAUUUAACAAAGUGCUUGAAACAGGAUGAUUUUCGUAAAUUAUUGAUUGAGUAUGCUGAGGAGGUGACGAAUCCGGAGAAUCGUAAAAUAUAUGAGAAAGAAAUUGGUGAAUUGGAGAGGGAACGUGGCAUUGAUGUUAAAUUUAUUAAUCCAGAGCCGGGUUACGUCAUAAAAACUAGUGUCAAUGGUGAUAAAAAAUGCUUUAUCAAUGUAUCGAAGAGUGAUAUUGUUGGUAAACCAACUAGUCAACCGUCGUAUGAGGAUGGAAAUCGUGGACUUCAGUGGUCCAUUCCGUUUACACUUGCACCGCCUCGUGACGAUGUUGAUAAGAAGAAAAAUUAUUGCACUGUGUUUGAUGUGGUCUUUCAUCCUGAUACCUUGUAUUUGGCAACGAAAAACUCAAGGUUCAGGGAGGUUGUCAAUGAUACAGCUAUGGAUGGGGUCGAGAAGAAUUUCAAGGUGAAGCUAGACAGAAACAAUCUCAAAUACCCGAAGAUGAACUUCAAAGGCAUCACGCAGUCCACAGUAAUUCGAAAAAAGUUGGACAAGCCCCCCUCCAGUGACCCCCCGCAAGCUCCCCUGGACAUCGAGCCGGAGAUCUACCAAAAGCUCAUGUCAAGUUACGACGAGAGUCGGGAGAAAUACGCAAAAAAAUUCGAGGACAAGCCCUCGCGUCCCUCCCCUCCCACAACCUACCUGCACCCCUCUAACCCCCCCCAAGAAGACUGCCAGCCCACCCCCUUCACCACCCCAAAAUUCCUGAUAAAGCACCAAACAGAUCUCGACAUUCAGGACUUCCAGACGUCUAAAAAUUCAAAACUCAACUCGACAAUUCCCAAAAACCUCGUAAUAAUAAUCGAUCUCCCCCUCCUGCGGUCCUCCAGCGACGCAACCCUAGACGUUCAAGAGCGUUUGCUAACAGUAACAAGUGAGAAGCCAGCGAAAUACCGGCUAGAGCUUCCCCUGUCGUACCGCGUUGACCCAGAUCACGGAAACGCGAAGUUCGACCCCAAAAAGCGAAAAUUAACAGUUACACUUCCAGUGAUUCGAGAGCUCAAGAUCAUCGACCCCAUCGACGACAGUGGAGUCGAGAGUGACCAUGGCAGCCCUCCCCUGGAGUCCAGCGUCGAUAAAGCCGAGAGUUCGGACGAGUCGAGUGAAAACACCACAGAGUUGAUAACCGAAAUCAGAGAGAUUAGCGAACCCUGCGAGACUAAUGGAGAGACUGAAGACUCAGUUGUCACUGGGGAUUCGAUCCUCAGUUCAAAUAUCAGAUAUUCACUGCCUCAAUUCACCUGUAAUAUUUACGAUAAUACGUUAGCCGUUACUGUUCACGUUAAGAACGUCGAUGCUAAUUCGAUAAAGCACAAGUUUUUGGCAAAUCAGUCGGGAAUUCAUCUCGCCUUCUCGUCGGUUGGGGCCGGAUUUUUCCCGAUGUAUUACGCACUCUGUCUCAAAAUUCGAGAUCAUGCUUUCGGGGAUGAGACUGUGGGGGUGGAGCCCUGGGACAAUAACGUGGUUUUCACUGUUGGAUUGAGGAAUGUUGAUGGCGUGGAGAGUUAUCGUGUGGGAAUUGAUGAGGAGUUUAUGGAGCGGAAGGAUCUGCCUCAUGUUGUUAAUUUAGAUAAAAAAUUUGAAUCUCUCGAGGGCGACGAUAUGAAUAUCAAUGGACACAGGAAGAUUGAAGUUAUUCCGGAGAGGGAUGAGGUUGUUGUGAAUGUUAAAGCUCAGCAUGGGGAUUCUGAUGAUGAGGAGAAUUUUGAGGGUGAGGAGGAAAAAUUUAAUCUGCAGAAAUAUCGAUCUGUUUCGGAGAGCAGUGGCGAUGAGGUUUGUGGGAGCAGUGGCAGCAGGUGCAGGGGCAUCUUGAAGUACAGGAGGAGCAAUUUUUCAAGAUCUGUGUCGGAGUCGAGCAUUGAUGAUACAGCUGGGCUUGCUUCGUCAAUUGAUUUUAAUUAUGACUCGGUGCAGGAGGUGAAUUCGGAGUCGGAUUGCUGCAGUCUGAAGAAGACUGUACGGUUCAAUGAUGUUGUGUCUCGUCAAUUAUAUAGGUCCAAUUCAAGUAUUUUAGGCCGAAGAAAAAAAAACCAACGUAAACUUCGCAAGAAGAAACAGGCAUUCGAGCGUAGAAUGAGUGAAAGUGAAAACUCGGAGACUGAGGAUCGUGAUAAAUACAAAAUAGAGACUAAAGAGGAUAAUGACCGUAACAAAAAUAAUGAAAAUGUCAAACCGAUACUUAAUCGCGAUAAGCUAUCAGUUGCACUGAUUCCAAAUAAUGAGGGUAAAAAAUCAAACGAUAAUGUUAACACAUCACCAAGAGCUGAGUUCAAAAAUGAUUUGAUUUUUGAUCUUGAUAUGUAGAUUGUAAAUCUACACAAUAAUCACCUGAUUUACGAUACACAAUAAUCACCUGAUUUACGAUACACAAUAAUCACCUGAUUUACGAUACACAAUAAUCACCUGAUUUUUUAGUGAUUAUCACAGACUUAUAAGAAUGUUCAAUCGAUUUAGCACGAAACAUUCCGAGAUAAUCAACGAAUUGUUCUCUCCUCAUUUAUUUUCAUCGGUAUAAACGAGACAUUCGUAGGCUGUUUUGUGAGAAUUUUACUUGGUGUGGAGUGGAAUAAAAUUAGGGUAGGAAAUGAAUUUAUUAGAAAUUUAUCUAGGAUACAAACAUGUCUUCGAUAAAAAUUUGUAUAUUGCAUAAUUUUCAUACAGCGUGAUAGUAGAUUAAAGGAUACCACCUAUUCAAUUGUGAAUUUUAAAGAGAAUGUGAUACGUUUGGAAUUAGUCCCGAAGAAUCAUGGAAUUAUCAAGAUUUUUUAUUACGUAAUAACGCUGGUGCGUCGUUCAUUGAGUCCAAUCAAAUCGUAUUUAAUUUGCUAUGUGGGAAUAUGGAGUAAGCUGAAUGGCAUGAAUUUAGCAUGAGGAAUAUUUUUCGUUCCAAUAGGGAUUAUGAUUAUUCGAACAAUGUCAAAUGACAUUGUUUGUUCGUCUUUUUUGAUCGCAUGAAUUGUUACAAAUUCAUCUUAUUCCAUUGCACCAGUCUUUCAUCCAUGAGCACGAUUUUUUUUAAAACAAAUGAGACAUGUUUGUUUGUAUUAAUGAAAAAGUGUAUUUACGAAGAAAUAAAGUCGAAAGU